ACACCGGCUUCGGUUCACUCCACCACACACAACCAACUACACUUGCACUACUAGCUAGCAGCCAAGAUGGCGACCAAGCAUCUGGCGCUUGCCAUCCUCGUCCUCCUUAGCAUAGGCAUGGUCACCGCUGGUGGAAGCCGCAAACUGGGUUAUGGCCCCGGCGGAGGAGGUGGCGGCGGCGGUAGCGGUGGUGGUGGAGGCGGUGGCUAUGGGGGAUCAGGCUAUGGGUCCGGAUCAGGGUAUGGUGAGGGCGGCGGCAGUGGAGGUGCUGGUGGUGGGUAUGGACAUGGUGGUGGAGGCGGUGGCGGCGAGGGCGGUGGAGCUGGUGGCUCUGGGUAUGGGUCCGGGCAAGGAUCUGGCUACGGAGCUGGUAGUGGUGGUGCUGGUGGCUAUGGAAGUGGCGGAGGUGGUGGAGGUGGUGGUGGCCAAGGUGGUGGUUCAGGCUAUGGCCAUGGAGGCGGCGAAGGCUACGGCUCUGGCUCUGGCUAUGGUGGUGGUGCUGCUAGUGGUGGCGGUGGUGGUGGCGGACAUGGUGGCGGUGGUGGUGGCGGCCAAGGUGGGUACGGAUCUGGCUCUGGCUCUGGAUAUGGGUCAGGUGAAGGAGGUGGUGCUCAUGGAGGAGGCUAUGGAAGCGGUGGUGGCGGUGGAGGUGGCGGUGGUCAAGGUGGUGGCUCUGGCUAUGGAUCGGGAUCUGGCUCCGGCUAUGGAGGUGGCUACGGCAACGGACACAAUUAGGCUCUUUUUAAGAGCUAGCUACAUAUAAGUAUAUUGUUACAAAUAUGUCAGCAGACAUGAGUCUAUCUUGCUGCUGGAGCUGUGUUCAUCGUGUGUAACACUACAAGGCUUGUUUGACCUGUAACCUGUUGCCGCUUUACAUUACUGGCAAGUGAUAAAUAAAAAAGCAUCUAUGGAAUUAUAGUAUGAACACUUAAGA